AUGCAAUCGAGGUCGAUUGUGUCGACUUAUCACAAAGGAUUAGGCAUAGGUGAUAAUUACCAACAAUGGAACUUAUUACGAGAGGAUAUCAGUUUACCAGCUGCAGUACUUUCAUCUGAGAAUCUUGAAUUUAAUCUUCAAUGGAUGCAAAAAUUUAUCGAAAAAUACAAUGUAAAACUAGCGCCACAUGGUAAAACAACGAUGUCACCACAGUUAUUUCAUAAACAACUAGAACAUGGAGCUUGGGGUUUGACAUUAGCUACUGUUCAGCAAGUUCAGGUUGCUUAUUCAGCUGGUAUUCGUCGUAUAUUGAUGGCUAAUCAAUUGGUCGGCAAAACAAACAUGAAAAUCAUCCAACAACUACUCGACGACGAUCCCAAUUUCGAUUUUUAUUGUUUAAUCGAUUCGACGACGAACAUUGACCAGUUAGGUGAAAUUUUCAAUAAUGAACGGAGACCGUUACAGGUUCUACUUGAAAUCGGUGUUCAGAACGGUCGAACAGGAGUGCGAAAUGAAGACGAAGAAAAACACCUUCUAUCUGCUCUUUCAAAAUAUUCAAAUUCUUUGGCACUCGCAGGUGUUGAAUUGUUCGAAGGUGUACUUAACGAAGAACAAGCUAUUCGAACAAUGUUACGACGAGCAGUAACGUGUUUACAACGUUUAAUAGAUUCGAAUCAAGUAGCUCGCUUACCACCGAUAUUGUCUGGUGCAGGUUCAGCUUGGUAUGAUAUUGUUGCUGAAGAAUUUACGAAAAUCGGUCCUUCAGUUGAUGUUAUUCUUCGACAAGGAUGUUAUUUAACACAUGAUUCAGGUGCAUAUCAUCGAGCACAAGCACGUAUUCUGGAAAGCAAUUCUAUUGCAAAAGAAAUCAGUACGACAGGCACUCUUCGACCAGCACUGCAAAUUUGGGCCUAUAUCCAAUCGAUACCCGAAUCGAAUCGAGCGAUAAUUGGUUUGGGUAAACGCGAUGCAGCAUUCGAUGCUGGCUUUCCUAUACCUGCUCUUCACUAUCGUUCUGGAUGGUCUAAACCUGUCGAUAUCGAUAGUAGUGCAUAUGAAAUAACACAAAUGAUGGAUCAACAUGCAUUUCUAGCUUGUCCAACCGAUCAUAAACUAGUUGUCGGUGAUAUACUUGCAUUUAAUAUUUGUCAUCCGUGUUUAACUUUUGAUAAAUGGAGAAAAAUCUUACUGAUUGACAAUGAGUAUACAGUGAUUGAUGUUUUCGAUACAUUUUUUUAA